AUGCCCCCGCAGUCGCCAGUUGUCAGCGCCGCCGAGCCGGCGCCACGUCUCAGGAACGUCCUGUUCCUUGUGCUAGACGACCAAGCUCCGCUGUUUGGCUCGUACGGACGGCAGGCCGGCUUUGCAUCAGCCCGUACGCCAUCUAUCGACCGGUUUGCAGCAGAAAGUAGUCUCUUCGAGACAGCCUACGCCCAAGCUCCGACCUGCGGCGCAUCACGCGCAAGCCUGAUGACGAGCCUCUACGCCACCACAGACCGCUUCAUGCAAUUCGACACCUGGGCUGAGCGCGAGGCACCCGGUGUCACUGACCUGCCAACGGCACUCCAGAAUGCUGGCUACAUCACUCUCUCAAGCGGCAAGAUCUACCACAAGCGGCUGGACAAUGAGCAGUCCUGGCACGAGGUCUGCGGCUUUGGGUCGGACAUCCCUCGCUGCAGCUAUGACAAGGGCAUGUGCUGUCGUCUUGUGAGGCCCGUCGGCCGCCGCACGAGUGAAGAGGGCGAGGAGGCGACAGUGGACACCUUCGCCGAGUUCGCCGCGCGAGAGAGCGUCGACCUGUCAGCUGCGAAGGCCAGCUACUACGCGUACAUCGAUGCCGAGGAGGACGACGGCUUGCUGGGUCUCUCUGCAUUUGCUCGGAAUGGCCCGACCUGUGGCCAUCGCGGACUCCCCGCCUGCAAGCCUCCAGCCGUUGAGGCGCCAGACGUCGACGACUACGCACUGCCCGACGGCAAGCUAACCAAGAAGGUGAUCGGCGACAUCCGUCUCGCCAAGAAGGAGGGCACGCCCUUCUUCAUCGCCGCCGGGUACAAUCGGCCGCAUCUCCCGUUUGCCGCUCCGAAGCGCUACUGGGACAUGUACAACCGCUCCCAGAUUACGCUAGCUCGCAACCCGUUUCUGCCCGAAGGGGCACCAGCGCACUCCGUAAACUACUUUGAGCUCCGGACCUAUGGCAGCAGAAAUCGGCAGCAGAUUCCGGAGUACGAUGCAGGCACCGGCGGCCCGAGUGGAGGGGCACUCGCUAUCCCCGACAACCUUGCCAGAGAGCUCAUCCACGGCUACUACGCCUGCACCUCGUACAUCGAUGCGCUCAUCGGCGACCUUUUAAGGGAGCUCAGGGCGCAGGCGAUGUACGACGACACGAUCAUCACGCUCACCAGCGACCAUGGUUACCAUCUCGGAAACAAAGGUACCUGGUGCAAGCACACGCUGUACGAGACGGCGCUACACGUACCCAUGAUCGUCAAGGCGCCCGGCUUUGGCCCAUCGCGCAUACCGGCACUGGUGGAGAACAUCGACCUCUACCCGACUAUCCUCGAUCUAGUCGGCCUACCCUCGCCGGCUCACGUGCAGGGAAGGUCAAUGGUUCCGCUGAUGAAAGGCAAGACAGCUUCGUCAAAGAGCGCGAUCUUCGCGCGAUAUCUCUACAUGGACACCGUUCGUCCGACUCGGACUCCGACAUGCUUUAUGAUCGUAGCAUAG